AGCAGGUUUUAUCUUGGUUUAUAUAAUAUAAAUGUGUCGGGUUGACCCAGUGACACAGGAAGUGGUUGAAGCUUUUGUAUUUGGUGAUAAUACAGAGAAAGAGGCCUUCACCACUGAGAGGACACAGCAGGGACAUAAACAAGGCUCCGUGGAUAAAUAUCAUCAUUAAAAUGCUCUUAAAGAAAUGAGAACAUGCUGUUUAUAAGAAUCUGCAGACUGCUUCCUUCUGUCUCAGCGUCUCUGGCGCGACCAAGACCCGGACCCGCAGGAGGAGCAGCAGUGACCCGCCGCGGCAUGGCCUCAGACCCGGCAGAGACCCACACCACCACCCGGUUCGACCUGCUGGUGAUCGGCGGCGGCUCCGGGGGUCUGGCCGGGGCUCGGAGGGCGUCGGAGCUCGGAGCAGCCACCGCCGUGAUCGAGAGCCACAAACUCGGAGGUACCUGCGUGAACGUGGGCUGUGUCCCUAAGAAGGUGAUGUGGAACGCAGCCGUUCAUGCCGAGUAUCUCCACGAUCACAGCGACUACGGCUUUGACGUUGGAAACGUUCACUUCAGCUGGGAAGCUCUGAAGGCCAAAAGGGAUGCUUACAUCAGUCACCUAAACCGCAUUUAUCGCAACAAUCUUGACAAAGCUAAAAUCCAAACUAUCCAAGGCCAUGCCAGGUUCACUAAUGAUCCUGAGCCCACUGUGGAGGUCAAUGGGAGAAAAUACACAGCGCCUCACAUCCUGAUCUCCACCGGAGGGCAGCCCACCGUGCUGAGUGAUGCGGAGGUUCCAGGGGGAAGUCUGGGCAUUACCAGUGAUGGCUUUUUUGAACUUGAAACUCUGCCAAAGCGCAGUGUGAUAGUGGGUGCAGGUUAUAUUGCAGUGGAGAUGGCAGGAAUCCUUUCCACCCUGGGCUCCAAAACAUCCCUCAUCAUCCGACAGACGGGGGUUUUGAGGAACUUUGACAGCUUCAUAAGCACAAACUGCACCAAAGAACUGCAGAACUCUGGUGUGGACCUGUGGAAGAACACUCAGGUGAAGUCUGUGUGUAAAACGGAGCGAGGGCUGGAGGUGACGCUGGUCACCAAAGACCCCGAGAAGAAGAACGACGAGGAGCGGAUCAGCACCAUCCAGGACGUGGACUGUCUCCUCUGGGCCAUCGGCAGGCAGCCCAACACGUCUGGACUCAACAUCGGAGAGAUGGGUGUGGAUACAGAUGAAAGAGGUCAUAUCAUCGUGGAUGAGUUCCAGAACACCAGCAGAGCGGGGAUCUACGCUGUGGGGGACGUCUGUGGCAAAGCUCUUCUCACACCUGUUGCCAUUGCUGCAGGCAGGAAGCUGGCACACAGACUGUUUGAGGGCAAGAAGGACUCCAAGCUGGACUACUCCAGCAUCCCCACAGUGGUGUUCAGCCACCCGCCCAUCGGCACGGUGGGCCUCACAGAAGAGGAGGCCAUUAAAUCAAGAGGGAAGGAGAACGUGAAGAUCUACAAGACUUCUUUCACUCCCAUGUAUCACGCCAUCACCAGCAGGAAGAGUCAGUGCAUCAUGAAGCUGGUGUGUGAAGGCAAGGAGGAGAAGGUGGUGGGGCUGCACAUGCAGGGUCUGGGCUGUGAUGAGAUGCUGCAGGGUUUUGCUGUGGCCAUAAAGAUGGGUGCUACCAAAGCAGACUUUGAUAAGACCGUGGCCAUCCACCCCACCUCGUCCGAGGAGUUCGUCACCAUGCGUUAAGCAGAACGCCAGCUCCUCCUCCUCCUCUUCUUCUCUCUACGACUAGCUACAGACCAGCAACAGACCAGCAACAGACCAGCACACCAGGACAGAGUCCUCCUCUGGACCACUCUCGCAUCAGCUUGACGACGUGCUUUCUAAAACGACAUGCUUCCAUUUUCUCUCAUUUAAGUGACCUUAUUCGUGCGCAGUGUUUUCAUCUUUUCUAAUUUUUACCUAAAUGGACCAAGACAGAGUUAUGACCUUAAACUGUACUGUGGGUCUUGAUUAUUGAUUGAAUAUUCUGGAUUCCAUUUUAAUGAUUGUGAAAUGGAAGUGAUGGAUCUGCAGGUAUUGUUGUCAAGUGAUCGCAUGGGAAAUCAAAAAGACCUCUCUCCUAGUGUAUGUGUUUGAUUUGUCAGUCAAUUGUCAGAUGAUUAUUAAAAACACUGCUGCUCCUGAAGGCACCUAUAUUUACUACCAAUGCAAGGUCAUAACAUAUAUCUACUGUACUGUUCUAAAGAUUCAAUAAACAUGCAGGGUUUUUUUCUUAA